GAGGCAGAUUUUGGAGAGGCCCAAGAAGGGGUGGGGAGAAGCAGGGAGGCGGCGGCGGCUGCAUUGAUCGAGUGGCGGCUGGAAGAGCGCAGGGCCCCUCUGUCUCCUGGUGAUGCUGAGGCUGCAGAGCGCCUAGUUCCCAAGGGGCUGGUGAGCUCGGCGAAGUGACUCCGCCAGCCGCCUGCCAUGCUCUGGAGUCAUUGACUUCUGGGCCAUCCGGUAUCUCUUGAUGGAUGUAAACAGCCUCCAGAAAGGCAAGAGGCGUCAACGGUGUGGCAUGCGAACCAAGGGCCAGAGUCUCUUCCCUGAGUAGGAGGCCCUCUCACUGCAACCCAGCCGGGAUUCAAGGAGAACUCCUUUGCUCAACUCUGUGUUGCAUAAGAAAUUGCUGCUCCAUUCUGGUCUCCUCCCAGUGCCAUAGAGAGGCAUUUGUUGCCCAGCACGUUCCUCCUACAAGCCAUUUCUUGCUUCCCUGGAUCCUAGUCUGUUGCCUUCUUCUGCCGGUGCCAUGGCGGGCAGCACCGGCCCCUUCCUUCUUUGGGCCCAGGACGUGGCCACGCUGCUGAUCCUCAGGGUCCGCCGCACUGUCCUGCAGACAGCCAUUUUGCUUUGUGUCUUGCUGCUUCUCCUCUGGGUCUCCAUAUUCCUGUAUGGCAGCUUCUACUACUCCUAUAUGCCAACGGUCAGCUACGUCAGCCCCGUACACUACCAGUUCAGGUCAGAUUGUAGCUUGUCUGGACCAGAACUGUGCUCUUUUCCUGUAGCCAAUGUUUCCUUCCUUAAGAACAGCCGUGACCGGGUCCUCAUGUAUGGCCAGCCAUAUCGUAUUUCCGUGGAGCUGGAGCUGCCAGAGUCUCCCGUCAACCAGAACCUGGGGAUGUUCAUGGUGGUCAUCUCCUGCUAUACCAAAGGCGGCCACAUCAUCUCCUCAUCAGCCAGAUCCGCUAUGCUACACUACCGUUCAGACCUACUGCAGACCCUGGACACCGUGACUUUUGCUGGCCUCUUCUUGUCGGGUUUUUCAGAACAGAAGCAAACGGUGGAGGUCGAACUGUUUUCAGAUUACAAGGAGGACUCGUACUCUCCGACAAUUGGCGCCUUGAUUGAGAUCCAGAGCAAGAAAAUCCAGAUCUAUGGGGCCCAGCUACGAAUUCAUGCUCACUUCACUGGUUUGCGGUACCUGCUCUACAACUUCCCAGUCACCUCUGCCAUCUUGGGUGUGACCAGCAACUUUGUUUUCCUCAGCGUCCUCGUCCUUUUCAGCUAUCUGCAGUGGAUCUGGGGCAGCGUCUGGCCCCGAGACUCACUUUCUGUUCAGGUAUUGGGCGAUGAAAGCUCCGGACCACAGCAGCGAGAAGAUGUACGCAGGCGGGUCGUGGUUCCCAAAGCAGGCCUUGAGGAAGCAGAAGAGGUUCCCCCAGCACAACCUGAAGACGUGGGGGCUGCUGAAGGCACAGAGCUGUCAGGAGCAGUUGAUACAAUGCACACCAAGAAGAGCAAACCUGGAGAUCCUGAUUCUGGAUCAGAGGCCAGCUUAGAGACAGAUUUUGAGUCUGUGGACAAUUCUUCGCUGCUCGCAGAGGCCAACUUCCCAACUGUUUCCCAGGAGAAGGCACCAUCGAGUCCGCUGCCGUCAGAAGGAAGAGCCCCUUCGCCGGGGGCAGAACUCCGUCAGAGAAGUGUUUGCUCCAGUUCUUGAGAGGUCCUGGCUGCUCAGCCUCCCUCCCCCUUGGUAUUUGCACUUCCACUAGCAUUGCCCAGCACAGGCCUUGCUUGUCCCAGGGAAGCUGCGGCUCCCAGCUUGUGUUUACAUUCCAGCCCCUUUUCCCCCUUAAUGCCCGGAGACACUGUAACUUAAUAAAAAUUUAUCUGCUAACCAUUAA